GUGGGCGGGAUGCUGGUGCGGGCGGGGCUGUCGGGGCGCGUGGAGUGGGUGGCGGAGGGCGCCAAGGCCAAGGUGCACACCGUGCAGUUCCUGCUGCAGGUCCCCCCCGGCGCCUCCACCCCCGGCGGCUGCUCCCCGGACCACCUGGCUGCAGCGCUCAGCUCCGCGCGGCGCCACCCCGCCUGCUGCCGACCCGCGGGUCACCCGGGCGCCUGCUCCGGUCUGCUGCUGGCGGACGGCAUCCAGUCCAAGCCGCACCCGGGGGCGCCGCUGCUGACCUACCACCUGCCGCCGCUAGCAUGCCAGCCGCCACUGCAGGUGCACCUGGGCGCCUCCUGGCAGCCCACCCACGACGGCCGGCGGCUGCUGACGCUGGGGCUGCACUUCGCAGCGGACAGCCGCCGCGCGCAGCAGGCGGCAGGCCUGCAGGUGGAGGUGUCGGUGCCUGCGCUGCUGCAGCAGCCGCUGAGGGCGGAUCCCGCCGGCGCCACAUUCGAUGCGCAGUCGCGCACACUGCGCUGGCAGCAGCCGGGGCCCGUCACGCGCCUGGACAACACCGGCGCAGCCAUGGAGCCCUUCGUGGCGUCGUUCUUGGUGGAGGGGGCGGUGGAUGAGGCGGCUCUAGCGGCGGCGAUAGCGAGGUUGACUGCGCGAGUGGCACUGCAGGGCGCAGAGGGGUCUGGCAGCCUUAGCGGCGCGGUCCUGGCGCAGGGCGUGGCGAACUUGGAGUCGACGCCUGCGCUGUGUGGUUGGCGUGCUGAGGUGGUGGCGAGGAUGUGAGGGAAGACGGGGGCUUGGGAUGCGGCGGAAAUGGGUGGAUGAUUGCUGGGCGACGGUUGGUUGACUGCCGUAAUGAGCUUGGCCGCCGUCGUUUGUCAUAUCCUACUAUCGUGUAACCUUACUAGUUGCGUAUCGCACGUGUUUGUUUACAAGUGGCAUAGGCUCUCUGUUUGGAAGCUGGCAUAGCAAACGUUUGUAGGUUUUGCAACUUACAAACUGCCGAGUUUAUUGUCAUUGUAUAUGCUAUUAUCCUAUUAAACACAAACGGGUCGUCGAUUCGGUCCUAAAGGGCGUGCAUUUGUCCUUAGGCGGCAGCGAGAAUGCCGGCGCCACGGAAGUUAUCUCCUCAGUCCGUAUGGGACACAAGCGCAGUCCUCCAGGCUUUUCAGGAGGAAGGAAUUAAGCAGCUGCACGCCGUCCGUAUGUGGGGACACCUCAUCCGCCACCCGGAGAGUUCCUGGCAUGAUGUGCCCGACAUGCCCAAGGCCGCGGUGGCCCUGCUAGACAAAUACUUUACCAAGUUCACCACUCGUGUUGUGCGGUGCCAGCAGAGCAGCGACCGCAGCACCACCAAGCUGUUGGUGCAGCUGCAGGACGGCAUGCAGGUGGAGGCGGUGGUGAUGACGUACGAGGCGCCAAGUCGCGACCCCCAGCUGCUCGGCUCCGCUGCCGCCGGCCCCGGCGCCCCCGAGGUGGACCCCUGCCUGCCCGUGGACCACCGGGCCCAUGCGGACGAUGAGGAGGAGGAGGAGGGGCAGCAGCGGCAGGCGGGCAGCACCCAGGCGCGACAACAACAGCAACAAGCUUCCACAUCGGGGGAAGCGGGCAGCACCACACGUCAGCCACGAUGCAGCAGCGGGUGUGGUGGUGGUGGCGGUGGUGGUGAGGAGCAGCGGCGGCGGCGGAGCAGCAGCAACGGCGGGGAGGGAGAGGAGCCCAGUGCCGCCGAGGCUUCCUCCUCCGCAGCGCGUUCAGCAGCGGGGGGUCACGGAUCGGCAGCCGCGGAGGGGGGAGCGGCGGCGCGGCUGCGACGGCGCUCGACGCUGUGUGUGUCGUCGCAAGUGGGAUGCCAGAUGGCGUGCACCUUCUGCGCGACGGGAACCAUGGGUCUGAAGGGCCACCUGAACGCGGGGGAGAUUGUGGAGCAGCUGAUCCACGCGCGGGCGGUCACACGCAUCCGCAACAUCGUCUUCAUGGGCAUGGGUGAGCCGCUCAACAACUACGAAUCCGUGCGCUCCGCAGUGGCCAUGAUGACGGACAGUCGCUUCUUCGGGCUGCGGCGGCGGCACGUGACGGUGUCCACUGUGGGCGUCAUUCCGCGCAUCAAGCAGCUGGCGGAGGACCUGCCGGGUGUCAGCCUGGCGCUCUCCCUGCACGCGCCCACCCAGGAGCUGCGCGCGCACAUCGUGCCCUCCGCGCGCGCCUACAAGCUGCCCGCGCUGAUGGCGGCGGUGCGGGCCUACCAGGCCUCCAGCUGCCAGCGCGUGUUCUACGAGUACGUGAUGCUGGCGGGCGUGAAUGACGGGCUGGAGCAGGCGCACCAGCUGGGGCAGCUGCUGCAGGGUGAUGACGUGGUGAUCAACCUCAUCCCCUGGAACCCCAUCUACCAGCCCGAGGGGCCCUUCUUCGAGGCGCCCGUGGAGGGCAGUGUGGGCGCCUUCCAGGCAGUGCUGCGGCACACGUACGGACUGCACACCACCAUUCGCCAGGAGAUGGGGCAGGACAUCUCGGGCGCAUGCGGGCAGCUGGUGAUCGAGGCGGGCGGGGGCGGCUGCAGUCGGGAGGCCACCCGGGACAUCGAGGACGCGGUGCGGAAGGUCGGGCUGGGGCCCAAGGCAUGAGGAGGAGGAGGGGGGGUUGUUUUCAGGGACGUGUACCCCACGGUAGGAGCUACCGUUGCUGUUGGUCUGGGUUGGUCGUGCAGGAGAACGGAG